CAGUCGAAGUAAAGUGCCAUCGCUCCUGAAUUUUGAAUCCCUGGAAAGUAUUUUGGUAAUUUACCAUGUCUGCGGCCACAAAAUUACAUAAAACAAGCUGGUGCGCCCUCCGGCAGCUACAGCAAUACAGAACUAAGGCCAGCUUCAGCUCCAGUUCAGCUUCGAUAGACAAGCGAAACGAAUUAUUCAACCAGGAGCAACGGAGGCAACGGGAUGCAGUGGGACGCAUCGAUAAGAUCGAGGUGCGUUACCUAGGACUUCCCGAGGAUGUGACUCUAGUGAUGAACAGUAACAUCUCCACACCCUUCAAUUGUGCCCAGCACCUGAGUGAGGGGCACUGCAAAAGAUCGGCACUGGCCCUGAUUGAUGGCAGUGUUCCCUGGGAUAUGCACAGACCUUUGCAGGAGUCCUGCACCCUGCAGCUGCUCAACUUCCAUGUAUCCGAGCCUCACGUGGUCAACAAAGCCUUCUGGCGCACUUGCAGCUUUAUGCUGGGAGCUGCUCUGAAUCGCGCCUUUAAGCCAGAGGCUAAUCUUCAGCUCCAUAGCUUCCCUGGACCCAACAUCAAAUCUGGAAGCUUUGUGCACGAUAUUGUUCUGCAGACCCAGUCAUGGCAGCCAUCAAAGGAGGAAAUGCGUGCGAUCUCGGCUGAGAUGGUAAAAUUGGCCGCGCAGGACCUGCGCAUAGAGCGCCUGGAUGUCCAACAGGAUGUCGCCCAGGAGAUGUUUAAAGAUUCCAAGUACAAGAGCGAACAGUUGCCCAGCAUUGCACAGCAAACGCAUGGAAAAGUUACUUUAUAUCGCCUUGGUGACCACAUCGACAUCUCACGUGGUCCAAUGGUUGGUUCGACCAGUUUCCUGGGCAAAUGUACGAUCUCUGCGGCCCACAAAGUGGCAGAGGAAGGCCCUAAUGGCGCUUUCUAUCGAAUUCAGGGCGUAGCUUUGCCCUCCGGCUUCCAGCUGAACCAUGUGGCGUAUGGCGUACUAGAGGAGCGGUCCAAAAAACCUAGUCCCGCCCGCCUGCCCAAUGAACCAUUUGAGGAACAACAACAACUGCAAUUAUCUUAAAUCGUUCUUUAAUAUUUCAAGAUACACAUUAAGUGUUAACAGGUCAUGCUAGUGGUGAAGAACAGACAGAAGGCCUGCUGCGAACUGGUCUUCCUACUCAUCCGGGGAAUCCGCAUGGCAUCAGCCUAGGCAGCGAACGGGGACACAGCGUUGGAUUCUUAAUUUAGGAAUAGUUUAUUAACUAGACUCGCACGUAAGACUCACAAGACAUGGAUUGUCCCAAAAUGUACAGUAUAAGUCUAUGGAAUAGUUAUAUUAAACUAUGUAAAAUAAAGUGGAAUUUUGUUAGUAA